AUGUCGGACGACACGGUGAUCUACGUGCAGUUGCCAGGUGAGUUUUCAUCUUCGGAGCGCCACGGCAUCUUCAAGGCGUGGGCUCAUGAUCGAGAUCCACUUGAUGGAUAUCGACAGGGCCAGGCUCCUCUGUGGCUUGGUUGGGAGCUCAGGCGGGUCAUCGCAGCCCUCGGCGAGAAGUUCGACACGGGCGUCGGUAAGUGGAUCUACAACAACAAGCCGAGGAUCACGAAGUACUUCGAGGCGCUCAACUGCGAGCGCGGCCACUGCAUCGUCGAGAACGUCAUGUCGUGGAAGGCGACGCACUGCCAGGACUCGAUGAUGCCGCCAACCUGUUUGAGGAGCGAGUACCAGAUCACGACGCCUGGCUUGCUCGCGUUGCUGGUCGGCAGUUGGAUGACGAAGAAGAGUGGAGCUGGCAAGACUCAGGCUGGCAAGGUGUUGAAGGCGUUUCUGGACUUGUACGUCGACGGUGACGCCGCGGACUCGUCGGUGCUCGAGUUCAACGGUCACUGUACUCGUGCUGCAGCGACGGGGUCUUGCCAGCUCUACCAUCAGGACAACCGCGACAUGCGUGUGCACCUCAAGGGCUGUCUCGAGAACAUGGGCCAGUACGCUGGCAAGGACUGCGGGUCCAAAUCCAAAUGGGGGGCACGCUUGACGGAUGCAAUCGCGAUGCUGAUCCAACGCGCCUUCAACAGCUCCCACCUCUGCGCGAGCGUCCAGGAGGUCUUCAUGGAAGCUUGGGCGGAACCGAACGUGACGCGCAUGGCUGCCUUUCGAGCCGCCCGUUACCUGGUCGCGCGGCUGUGGAGGAAUGUUGGCGUCAUCCAUGCCACCGCGCAUGUGGAAGGGGGGGGCCUCGCGGGGGGGGCGCCGGCGCGGCCUCCGCGCGCGGGCGCGGGCGCCGCCGCCGGCGUUGCCGCGGGCGCCGCUGCGGGCGCCGCCGCGGGCACCGCCGCGAGCGGGCGCGCUGGAACAAUCGUGCGGCUGGCCAUGUACGCGGCGACGCACAAAGUCUCCGAUCUUCAGGUGAGCACGGCUACGUGCACGUUGCCGCGGACCUUCGUGCAAAGGCUGGAUGAGGCGUGCGCGCAUGGCGGGGCCGACGACACGUCGAACUCCAGCGAGGACGAGGAAGACGGCGGGAAGGCAGAACGGGUAAGUAAACGCGGGCGCGUCCACGAGGGAGUGCCCUUGGGCGCGAAUGAGGCGGCCCGAGAAGCAGUGGAGCGCGACAUGCUGACUCAGGUCGAGCAGCUCACUCCCGCGGAAAUCGCGGAAGGAGCGAAGCAGAUUUAUCAAGCGCUCGACGGGAAGUACGUAGACAUCAACAAUAGGAAACAGAAAGUGAACGGCGACAUGACCAAAGUGCGGCACGUGCCAACGUUGGGGAAAGCCGCCCAUAAGCUGCUUACGCACAUAGAGCACACUUCGAGGCGACUGUCUGGUACACAGGAAGCGCGCCGAGUCAUGCGAUUUGAGACGAACGCGCUGCGAGUGCGGUACGGCGUCCCCAUUUUCGUAACCUUCUCGCCCGACGAAGGUCACAAUCUUCUCAUGGUGAGACUCUCGCGCACUCGACGGCAAGACCCUGUGCACAAGGCGGCUGAUGACGAAGCGCAGUCGCGGCUGGCGGGGGGUCGGGGCUGGCCGCGCGUAGCCCCCGACAUGGAGGGGCUGCAGAUGGACCUGCCAAUGGCCGCGGGGGAGGCAGAAGUGCCGCCAUGGAACGAGCGGAGACGAAUUCUUGCGAGAGAUCCCAUGGCCAGCGUGGACGGGUUCCGUAUCCUGGUGGACGCCGCGCUCCAAGAGUUGGACUGGGAGGCGAUAGAGCGGGAGUUCAUGCCGUCUGGCAGGUGCGCGGUCUGCGGGUGCACGAAGUACAAGAACAUGUACCCAACGGUCGGGCAGUGGAGCCGCGCAGAUGGGCUCCGCGUGUGCAGCGUGUGCCUGGAAGAUAAGAAGAGGGCCGGCACGCCGUGGCAAUGCAUGGAGUGUGGUCUUUGGAAGUGCCAGGAGGCGUUCCACGCGUCACAGCACCAUCCGUCGAAGUUGACCACGCGGCGCUGCGUGGAUUGCCCGGAGAGACGGAGUUGUCGCGUGUGCGAGGAUCGGAAGUACGAGCAAGCUUUCGCGGCGUUUCAGUGGGAUAAGGCAGGGAACGCCCGGUGCAAAGGAGGGAUGUGCCUGGAAUGCGAGGAGCUGAAGAAGCACCUGACGUGUUCGCGCUGCGGCCAGCAGAAGUUACCAGUUGAAUUUGCCAAAGCGGAACAGGUCAACGACGAACCCACAUGCAAAGCUUGUAAGAAGUCGCAGAGAGAGAAGGACAUGAAGACGUGCGCGGUGUGCGAGAAGGCGCAACGGCAAGAUUGUUUUUCGGAUUGGAUGUGGAACGGCGUUGCAGAUUUGCACCGCAAGUGCAAGCGCUGCGUCGCUGCGCCGAAGAAGGACAUGAAGACGUGCGCGGUGUGCGAGAAGGCGCACCGGCAAGAUUGGUUUUCUGAUUGGAUGUGGAACGGCGUGGCAGAUCUGCAUCGUAAGUGCAAGCAGUGCGUCGCUGCAGGGAGGAAGGAAGUGAGAACGUGUGUAGCGCGCGAGAAGGCGCAACAGAAAGAUUGUUUCUCUGAAAAGAUGUGGGACGGCAGGGCAGAACAACACCGCAAGUGCAAGCGAUGCAUCGACGACGCGAAGCUGCAGCGCGGGAAGUGGAAAUGUGUUGAAUGCAAAGGCGCUUUCGGCAGGGACGAAUACAGCAGCUGGUUGGCCGGGCGAACGACGCAGAAGGCGGAUGGGAAGCAAAGGUGUAACGAGUGCUGUGCUGGCCAAGAGCGCAAAAGGAAAGAAGUCGCUGAGCGGAGCCAUGCGUCAGUGACGAAAGUGCGUAAGACUGGAUAG